CUUUGCAAACGAAAAAAACGCUUACACAUAAAAAUCUUGUUUUUCUCUUCUUCCCUAGAUUCCAUCCCUGACCUGUCUUCUUCACAUAAACUCACUCUCACUGCACCGUCCAAUUCUAAGUUAAACAAAAAAAAUCCUGUCCGGUCCAUUCAAUCGUAUGAGAAAACUCUGUUCAGCUCAAUUUGCAGGUUUCUUUUGUGUCUCCUGCGAAACCUAGCUCGAAUGUUAAAUUUAGUAGUAGCUGCUAUGAAACUACGAAAUGUUGAAUUAGCGUAGCUGAAGAAUGCCGGGGAUUCCUUUAGUCACUCGUGAAACUUCCUCGUAUAGUCGAAGCACGAUAGAUCAGAUGUGCCGUGAAGAUGCACGUGGUGGUGGUGUUUUGCAUUUAACUGAAGAAGAAGAAAUUGCUGCCGAAGAAAGUCUUUCGAUUUAUUGCAAGCCUGUUGAGCUUUAUAAUAUUCUUCAGCGUCGCUCGAUUGGAAAUCCGUCAUUUUUGCAAAGAUGUUUGCUGUAUAAAAUACAGGCCAAGAAUAAAAGAAGAAUACAAAUGACGAUUUCCAUGCUUGUGACACUAAAUGGAGUUGUACAAUCGCAUAAUAUAUUUCCCUUGUAUGUUUUGUUGGCAAGGCUUGUAUCCAACAUUGGGGUUUUAGAGUAUUCUGCAGUAUAUCGCUUUAGUCAACCAUGUGUUUUGACCGGCUUUGCUGGAGUUGAGGGUAGUGCUCAAGUACAAGCGAAUUUCGUUCUCCCGGAGAUGAAUAAGCUAGCAUCAGAGGUCAAAUCUGGCUCACUGCAUGUCUUGCUUGUCAGCUUUGCUGGGGCCCAAAGUUCUAUGCAUGGAAUCGAUUUAACCAAGGGUCAUUUGGAAAAUGUUGGAGGAUGCUGUCUAUUGGGGAAGAUACCAUUAGACUCGCUAUGUAAUUUCUGGGAGAAGUCACCAAAUUUGGGUUUGGGACAAAGAGCGGAGGUGACAUCUCCUGUUGACAUGAAUGCUUGUUUCUUGAAGUUGAAUUGUUUGACCGAGGACAACUGUGUUUUAAUUCAAAUUCCAUUUAAUUCUGAAACUGUGGUUUGUUCUGCUCUCAAAGGUCUUCUAGUUGGACAAAAUCAAAUUCAUUUAUCACAUCUUCUUCUAGAUGUUUAUUUGCUGACAGAAGUAAGCCAUUUUUAUUGUUUGUGUUUUCCAAAGAAUACAUCACAGCUGCAAGUCAACAUUUCUGCAGAAGAGGUUGGAGCUAAGGAAAAAUCUUCAUACACAUGUAGUGACAUGUCUUCUUCAUCUUCGUCUCAUGUUAUUCGGUUGAGGGCGGGAAAUGUCAUUUUCAACUAUAGAUAUUAUAAUAAUAAGUUGCAAAAAACUGAAGUAACUGAAGACUUUUCCUGCCCAUUUUGCUUGGUAAAAUGUGCAAGCUUCAAGGGUCUGAGAUAUCACUUGCCCUCGUCACAUGACCUCUUCGACUUUGAAUUUUGGAUAACUCAAGAAUUUCAAGCUGUUAAUAUAUCUGUGAAAACUGAUAUUUGGAGAUCCAAGACUGUUGCAGAUGGUAUUGAUCCAAAACAACAGACCUUCUUUUGUUCAAAGAAACCAAAGCGCAAAAGACCCAAGAACCUUAUUCCAAAUGCAAAGAAUGCACAUGACAAGACUCUGAGCAGGCAACGGGGAGCCGGUGAGCUUCUUGACAAGAUUGGUGGUGGGAAGGAUUUGCCAACAACUAGCAUGUGUGGCACAGAGUAUGGCGAACACAAUCUUUCCAGAUUUUAUGUUUCAGGGGUAUCAGGGUCUGCAGCACAAGCAUAUCCUGAUGCUGAAUGUGUUCAAAUGGUACCUGGAAAUAAUCUUGCACCCCCUGCCAUGCUACAGUUCGCAAAGACUAGAAAAUUAUCAAUUGAAAGGUCUGACAUGAGAAACCGUAUGCUCCUUCACAAACGACAAUUUUUUCACUCACAUAGAGCUCAGUCAAUGGAAAUUGAGCAAGUUAUGUCAGAUCGGGAUAGUGAGGAUGAAGUUGAUGAUGAUGUUGCGGAUUUUGAAGACCGAAGGAUGCUUGAUGAUUUUGUAGAUGUGACUAAAGAUGAGAAGCAAAUGAUGCACUUAUGGAACUCAUUUGUGAGGAAGCAGCGGGUGCUUGCAGAUGGACAUAUCCCAUGGGCAUGUGAGGCCUUCACAAGAUUGCAUGGACACGACCUUUUCCUAGCCCCAGCUCUAAUGUGGUGUUGGAGAUUAUUUAUGAUCAAACUGUGGAAUCAUGGUCUACUUGAUGCACGUACGAUGAACUUGUGUAAUAUGAUUCUCGAACAAUACCAAAAGCAGGACUUGGAUCCUAUGAAAAACUAGAGACACGUGGUGUUUUUGCAUGGACAAGGAGGAAUAAAAUUUUCUUUCCCAUCUA